UUUUAUUGAUGUUUUCUUUACUCGCAAGCUUGCGGUGACGCCGAUCGCGUCUCGUGGAGCUGGAUCUGAUGCUCGGAAUCCCACUCUGCGCCUGAUCAAAGCGCUGCACAAACUUAUGAAUCUUAGUUUUCACUUCUGCUCGCACUGGUCCUAGAAAAAUUGCACGAAUUUAGCGGCUCUGUGAGACCGGUACCCCAAUUUUGCUUGUGGUUUUGGACCUCGAGAGCAGGUAACCCUAGGUCGUAAGAAUUAAUGGAAGUGGAGGAGUGAUUUGGAGGGAUCAGUGUCGCCCGUGUAGCGACUCGGACAGAGGGAAAUGGGGCUUCAUUGUGACUUUAUUUGGGGUUUGGUGGGUUUUUUGACCAUUCUGGUAGUGGGUGAAUUAGGUCGCGAGGUGAUCGGUGUUUCUGUGAACCCUAGUGAAAAUGAGAAUGGGAAUGGAUUGAAUGGGGUCAGGAUCCAGUCGAACUGCGGCUCCGCACUCGUGCUUCCCCUCGUGGAGUCUAAACGACAUGGACAUGUCGUGGAUCGUCGUUUUGAGCGGCGAGGGAGAGGCCUCGUGGAGGAUGCUAGGAUGGUCCUUCAUGACGAUUUGCUUACAAAAGGGUUGGAGAUCAAGUUAAUGUCGUCAGGAGUUCCAAUAAUAUACUACACAAGCAGAGUUUUCAUUGGGACACCUGCGCAGGAGUUUGCACUUAUAGUAGACACAGGAAGCACUGUUACAUACGUGCCCUGCUCUAGUUGCACUCAUUGUGGCCAUCACCAGGACCCCCGAUUUAAGCCCGACAAUUCAAGCUCGUAUCAAACGGUCUCUUGUAAUUCACCAGAUUGUAUAACGAAAAUGUGCGAUGCCAGGGUUCACCAAUGCAAAUACGAGAGGGUUUAUGCUGAAAUGAGCUCCAGCAAAGGAGUUCUUGGAAAGGACCUACUAGGUUUUGGCAAUGGCAGUCGGCUGCAACCUCAUCCUCUUUUAUUUGGAUGUGAAACUGCAGAGACUGGAGAUCUCUAUCUACAACAUGCUGAUGGCAUCAUGGGGCUGGGACGUGGUCCACUUAGUAUUGUGGACCAGCUUGUAGGAACUGGAGCCAUGGAGGAUUCUUUUUCACUUUGUUAUGGUGGCAUGGACGAGGGUGGUGGUUCCAUGGUGUUAGGGGCAAUUCCACCUCCUCCAGCUAUGGUAUUUGCUAAAUCAGAUCCUAAUCGUAGCAAUUACUACAACCUAGAGUUAUCUGAGAUUCAGGUGCAAGGAGUCAGCUUGAAUGUGCCUAGUGAAGUUUUCAAUGGAAGGCUUGGCACAGUUCUAGACAGUGGGACAACAUACGCCUAUCUUCCAGAUAAAGCUUUUGAUGCUUUCAAAGAUGCUAUUACUCAACAACUUGGGUCAUUGCAAGCUGUUCCUGGUCCUGAUCCAAGUUACCCUGAUGUUUGCUUCGCAGGAGCAGGAAGUGAUUCAAAAGCGCUGGGCAAGCAUUUUCCUCCAGUGGACUUUGUAUUUUCGGGAAACCAGAAAGUAUUUUUGGCUCCAGAAAACUAUCUAUUCAAGCAUACCAAAGUGCCAGGGGCAUAUUGUUUGGGCUUCUUUAAGAACCAAGACGCUACAACAUUGCUUGGAGGGAUUGUUGUGAGGAAUACGCUGGUUACGUAUGACAGGGCCAAUCAUCAGAUUGGUUUUUUCAAGACGAAUUGCACAAAUUUGUGGAGCAUUUUACCUGCUGAACCUCCAUUGGCACCGCCACCACCUCCGGUAAAUGAGAGUAGUCCUAUCGAAUCACCGGCAUCCUUGCCAGAGGAUAAACAAGAUUUUGGCAGCAUUGAACUUCUAAUUGAACUAGAUGGAAAUUUUACCACCAUUUUGAAUCAGACUCUCCUGUUUAAAUCAAGCAUGGCUUCUGAACUUGCGAUUUCUUCGUCACAGAUAAGCAUAGAAGACAUUAAAGAAGAUGGAGAACACGUAGUUGUGCGAUGUAUUAUAUCUCCAGCAUCUUCUCAGCUUUUUUCAUCAUCUGCUGCCAAGGCAUUAGCAGCGCGGUUAGAAGACCAUACAGUUAAGCUGCCAGAGAUUUUUGGUGCGUACCGCUUGAGAAGCUGGAAAGGUCUCCCCCCCUCAAAAUGGGCUUGGAUACAUUCAGAUAGGGCUAAGAUGGGUGCUAUGAUUGCAAUAUUAGUGGGGGUAGUAGUAUUGCUUGCAGUUAUUGCAAGUUUAGUCUACUGGUAUUUUUUCAAGUACAGAAACAGAGGCCAAAUCAAGUACGAAAACUUGGAGGUGGCCGAAACAAAUGAAGAGGAAACAUGGAUUGGUGACGAGCAAUUGUAGCCACCUGCAACUGUACAGUGCACCUAUUCUCUAGAAGGGUAGUGCCUUAAUUCCCAAUUUCUCAAGCUCAGGUUUCUGUUUGUAUUAACGAGCGGUUAUCCUGUGCUUCCCAUAUCAAGUGGUAGAAAGUUGGUGUUGGAAUAUCAUUUGAUACGUCUGUUUUAACUUGCA